AUGGUUUCCUCCGAUGACAACCCCGAAACCUUCUUCCGUAACAUAAUCCAGGAUCAAAACGCAGAGAGAUGGCAGGGGCUGGAAAAGCGUCUCCAACCGACGGUUAUUAUCAAUGAGGUGUCACUGCCAAGGCAUGGUUUUCGAGAUCAUCUGCUGAAUGACCUUGCAGGGAGAAGAGGCACAAAGAAAGUAAAAAUCGAUGCGAUCCUUGUUGAUGUCAGCACAAAAAGUAUCGCCGCACGUCUCAUCAACCGUGUGACUCUCGAAGAUCACCCGAACGCCUUCGAAUAUCAGGAAAUCGUUCUCGCCAACUUUGCAGACAACCUUCUCUCUACGUGGCAAACAGUGCGAGACGAAGAUAGGCUCCGAAACCGGGCGCCAGCAGCGCCAUCAACACCGCUCUCCUCCUCCUCGUCCAACAGCCAACUAUCGUCGUUGAAGACAUCGGCUGAACUCAAGUCAUUCUACCGGAGCUAUAUCAAAAGCAUAAAUGAGAAGACAAUGACACAAGAAUUUGAUAAAUUCUGCCAGGCAAAGCUCAAGCACAACAAUCGCGAGCUCACGGUUGCCGAGUACAUACCUUUGAUCAGCGAUAGCCAGGACGCUAUCCAGGGGCUUCACUUCAACGUCCAAGAGCUUUUCGCCGACGAAAAGACUCAACAAAUCGUGACGAGGUUGGAGUUCACGGGAACGCCGGUCAAGGAAUGGGGAGGAGCGAAGCCCAAUGGCAAGUCUGUCAAAUUUCAUGAGCAUGUCAUGUAUCAACUUGAGCAUGGGAGGAUAUCACGUGUAUGGUCCACUAUAGAACUGGAUGUGUAUCGAAAUCAGAUGGGGAAAUAA